AUGGAUCAAGAUCGAGACCAUGGUGGAAGAAACUGUUGUAGCUGCUGCUUUAGCUUCAUCUUCACGGCAGGUCUCACUUCUCUUUUCCUAUGGCUAAGUCUUCGCCCCGACAAACCCAAAUGCUCCAUCGAAUACUUUUACCUUCCUGCCCUCAACAAAUCCUUAGACCCACAUUCACGUCAAAACACCACUCUCAACUUCAUGGUUCGUUUCGAGAACCCAAACAAAGACCAAGGAAUCUACUACGACGACGUCCACCUCUCUUUCUCCACCAACAGCUCUUCUCUUGUUAACUACACGGUGCCAAGAUUCUACCAAGGACACAAGAAGAAGGCCAAGAAGCGGGGUCAGACUCUGCCCUUGAACAACCGGACAGUUUUAAGAGCGGUUUUGCCUAACGGGUCAGCGGUUUUUAGGAUGGAUCUGAAGACGCAGGUGAGGUUCAAGAUUGUUUUCUGGAAGACUAAGAGGUAUGGAGUUGAGGUUGGUGCUGAUGUUGAAGUCAAUGGAGAAGGAGGUAAGGCUCAUAAGAAAGGGAUUAAGAUGAAGAAAUCUGAUUCUUCUACUAGGUUAAGAUGCUGUUUUUUUAUUAGUGUUUUGAUGAAUCUGGUCGUGUUUUUGUGA